AAAAUGUAAACAAACACUGGGUGUCUAUUCCUACUAGGUAUAGUGCGAGUGCUGAGUGGCAUUAUCUCAAGAAGUGGAUGGUACAAGUGUAGCCUAGUGCCUAUUUAUUUAUCCGUUAUUCUGUAGGUUUUCUACUAAAAAAUGGAUGCGAAGAGGAAAGCAGAAUUUAUGCAAGUUGCAGUUCAAGCCAAAAAGCCUCGCCAUGAGAUGGUGGUUCAUUCUAUGGAGAAAGGAGGGAUCGUCCAAAGUGGACCGCCAAGAACAAGUGGAAUUAUGGCUCCUAUAAUGCAGCUUUCUGGACACCAAGGAGAUAUCCUCUGUGGUAAAUUUCAUCCUGAUGGAGAAGUCCUUGCCACUGCUGGUAUGGACAGACAAAUAUUGUUCUGGAAUGUGUAUGGCGAGUGUGAUAACUUUGGGUUGUUAAUGGGACACACCAAUGCAAUUACAGAUAUGCACUUCUCAACAGAUGGAGCUACAUUAUACACUGCAUCAGCAGACAAAACUGUCAUGUGCUGGGACACAACAAGUGGAACUAGGGUUAAAAAGCUGAAAGGCCAUAGCAGUUUCGUAAAUUGUGUGCACAGUGCACGGCGUGGUCCAAGCCUAGUAGUCAGUGGUGGAGAUGACUGUACAGUUUUAAUUUGGGAUGUUCGUAAAAAGAGGCCAGCCACUACUCUUCAAAACCCAUUCCAGGUAACAGCUGUGACCUUUAAUGAUACAGCAGAACAAGUAAUCUCUGGUGGAAUUGAUAAUGAUAUGAAAGUUUGGGAUUUGAGGAAAAAUGGUUUACUAUAUCGGAUGCGAGGUCACAAUGACACAGUGACAGGUCUUAGCCUUUCUCCAGAUGGGUCUUAUGUAUUAUCAAAUGCCAUGGACAACACAGUUAGAAUAUGGGAUGUCCGUCCAUUUGCCCCACAGGAACGGUGUGUGAAAAUUUUCCAAGGGCAUCAACAUAACUUUGAAAAUAUUCUUUUAAGGUGUUCGUGGUCACCUGAUGGACGUCGUGUAGCAGCAGGGUCCUCCGAUCGCCAUGCUUACGUUUGGGAUACUACAUCAAGGCACAUUUUGUAUAAGCUUCCUGGGCAUAAUGGCUCUGUAAAUAUAGUGGAAUUCCAUCCUAAAGAACCUAUUAUUAUGUCUGUAUCAAAUGACAAGCAGAUUUUCUUGGGAGAAAUUGAGUAACCAAGCCAUCGCAUCUUCAUGGAAAUAUUAAAAUGACAAGCAGAUUUUCUUCAGAGAAAUUGAGUAACCAAGCCAUUGCAUCUUCAAGGAAAUAGUAAAUUUACAUUUUUAAAUCAUGUGAACUUUUAAGAUUAUUUUCAGCAGUGAGACAGUAACAAUAGUAUACCUUUGCAUUUUGUGAAUUUUGUAACAAAAUUGAAGUGCUAGUUAAGUUUUUGAAUGUCUUUAUAAUGGUGAAUAUAUUAAAAAAUUAG